AUGGCUGUUCGUGCGCGAAACGCGGUAACCCCGUGGGCAUUUUUCGCCAGCAGCGUCGCAGCACUCCUCGUCGCGUCUCUGCUUUGCAGCAGCGCGCUGCUGAAGGCGCAGGCGGCGGGGCAGGUGGACUGGGAGGCGCAGACGGAGUCGAUCCUCCAGCAGGUGUCGCAGCAGACCGUCCUCUCCUCCUUCGCCGAGAUCUUCACUGACUUCUACCAAUCAGGCCAGCUGUACAUAGACCAGCCGGCGACACUGCUGAUCCCCACCAACGUGGGGCACUGGCGCUACCAGACGCAGUGGAACACCCUCAAGCCCAAGCAGAAGCGCCGCGUACUGCGAUACCACGUGCUCAAGGGGCGCUACACCACGCAGCAGCUGCUGGACGCGGCGCCGCUCACGCUGUUCCCCACGCUGAACCAGAACCUGCCGCUGAACAAGACGGUGAAGCCCAACGAGGUGUACUUCCAGUCCGUCCCCGCCAUGAAGUUCGCCUCGCCGCUCAGCGUGCCCAACGCUGGGCUGACUGAGAACCUGGCGGCGCAUGGCGUCACGUUUGUCAUCCUGCCGCCCAACCUCAACUGCACCUCGUCUGCUUGCAAGAAGCGGCAGUUCUAG